AUGGAUACAUUUUCUUCAUGGUUUGCUUCCUUUGCGUCAUGUUGUGGCCCGCGCGAGAGAUCUGGGUCGACCGAGUCAAGCCGCCGGCUUGUCUCGAACCGUACGCCGAACCUGGUCGGCGCCGAGAGGAAUAUCGUCGUCUUGCGGGACCAGCCCGCCGUCAUCCCCCGGCCAUCGGCAGAGCCGGCGUGGUCGAGUGAGAGGACGUACGAGAAGACGCUCGACAGGGAGGCAGAGCGGACGAGGUUACGGAGGCCGGCGAGCCGCGACAGCUCCGUGAGGAAGAACUGGUUUUCGGGAUCGUCGUCCUCGGUCCGCCGGCUGCAGAUAUCAGGACCAACAGAUUUCCGUCACCUACAAUCCGAGUCAUUCCAGUUCCCUCCGCAGGAGACAAGGCCACGUCCCCGCUCGUUCCGGCCGAUCGAGCUCAGCAUCUACCAGCCGGACAACCGGCUGUCGGCCAUCCUUCCGCACGUCGACUGUGAGAUCACACAUCCGCCCCGGGCCUACACGGGGAACAGCUCCAAGUGGGACGCCAGUAGCAGUUCGACGCUCACCAACGAGCGGGGGCACCACCAGACCAUGUCGUUCCACAUUCCACGGAAGCACCGCCGGCAGGAGUCCGGCAUGUCCGAGGGCAGUAUGAGCCCGCCGAGGAUACCACCCAAAUCCAGGGCGCGUGCUUCGACGGCCCCGAACACGGAACGGAUCGUCGCACGGAUCGCUAGCGCCAUGAUCGAGAAGGAGAGGCUGCAGGCUGAGAUCAACUCGGUGGUGCAGCGGCAGAGCGCCUACUUUGGCAACCGGCCGCUGACCGGCUUCGACAUGGGUGGUGCGUUACAGUCUGCCUCCCACGCGAGAGCCCAGCUAACAUCCACAGACAUCGAACCCAUGCCUUCGAUCCCGGCCUUGCCGGCAGCCGCCCCGUCGUUUGCCCAGCGCCUUAGCCUCGACGACCGCCCUCGCAUCGCGCCGUCGCGGGUAGCCAGCAUGACAGUGCAAGAAAAGACACUGAGCCUCACCGCAGCUGCGCAGUCCCAACCCCCGCAACCCUCUUUCUUCGCCAGCGCCCGCCGCCGCGCCAGCUCGCCCGAGAAGGGCUCCGAGCGUCUCGAGCGGCCCCUUGCGCCACCCCUCCCCCUCGUCCUGCGGCCGCCCCUCCGCAAGAAGAAAUCCUUCUCCCGCGUCUCCCACUGGCUCUUCAACCCCGACGAAUCGGACGAAAUCCCACAAAGCGCCGACACCACCACCCCCACCACCAUGACCUUCGGCACUACCACCGCCACCACGGCCCCAACAACCACCACCACCUCCCCACGCCCAAUCAAGGAAUCCGACGGGUUCUACCAGUGCGUAGCCCCCCCCGAGGGCCUGCCGCGCACCAGCAUGGAGACGUCGUCCUCGGUGUACACGUGGGAGACGGGCGGCGACGACGACGAGGGCGACGAGAGCGCCAGCGACGGCGGCGCCAAGACCCUGCCUACCACCACGGCGGCCUGGUCGCCCGAUCAGACGCCCAAGCAGGGCUCGUCGACGAGGCAUACCACGCCGGUGAUUGGGUUUGAUAAGGCUGAGUUUCAGAGGGAGAUUGCGGCUUCUGGCGGUGGUGGUGGUGAUGGGUUGGGCGUGGUGAAUCCGUAUGUGAAUGGCCCGAGGCCGAUGAGCGUGGGUGUGGCGUUUUAA